UUUUUGGGCUUCCGGGCAUGACCACCACAUAUGAUAGAAGGUACCUUGUUCUCUUUAACGGGCCUGGGGAGGCUCCUGACAUCUCCCUCCCCCCGAUUCCUGGUUCCCCUGCAGGAUAUGAGAUCACCUUCAGUUUGCUGAACCCCGACCCCAAGGCCCACGACGUGCACUGGGACAUCGAGGGGGCCCUCCAGCGCUUCGUGAAGCCCCUCCUGGAGAAGCUGAGCCCGCUGGCCGAAUUCUCGGUGGACUCUCAAAUCCUCUACUACGCAGCGCUGGGAGUUACGCCCCGCUUUGAUUCUGCUUCCGCCAGCUACACCCUGAGCGUGCACAGUCUCCCGCACGUCAUUAACCCCGUGGAGGCCCGGCUGGGUAAGCCAAGGGGACGCCAUCUCAGUUUGGGAACUUGCUAAGGGCCCCCCCCCACU